CAGGAAUCAAUCUUUUGAUUAAAGCUGACAAGGACAACAACAUAACUUUUCACGAAUAAUGCAAUUGUGGCUUAAACUAAUUACAUAAAACAAUUGAUAAUCAGUACUUCACUUUGAUCUCGUAAAGGAAUAUAUAUAUUUACAUAAAACGAUGCCUUUUGUAUCCUGACAUGAGAUGUCAUGGAUGAUAAGAACAUUACGGAAAAAUUAGCUUAAGAUAAAAUGAGAAGCCUUCCCACUUCUUUCAUGAUCCAUCAAGGAGAAGAGAAGAAAUAUAAGGAGUCGAGUUUGUAUAUAUAUACAGGCCAUUGUCAUCUGACCCAUCCUCGGAACUAUAUAUCAUCGCUAGCUAUCAUGAUCUCCCUAACUGAUGUCUAUCAUGUUGUGGUAGCUACAAUCCCAUUAUAUAUUGCCAUGAUGUUAGGAUAUGUCUCUCUGAAAUGGUGGAAGCUCUUCACACCUGCCCAAAGCUCAGGCAUCAACAAGUUUGUGGCUAAAUUCUCAAUUCCAUUACUGUCCUUCCAUAUGAUUUCUACAACCAAUCCCUAUGAAAUGAAUGUGAAGCUAGUAUGCGCUGAUUUAUUACAGAAAGCUCUUGCUUUUUUUGCCAUAGCAAUAAUUGCAAGAAUCACAUCAAGAGCAAGCUUGAGAUGGGUUGUAACAGGGAUCUCUCUAUCGACAUUACCAAACACUUUGAUCCUAGGCAUUCCAAUCCUGAGGGCUAUGUAUGGAAACACAGCAGGAGACUUGGUUACCCAGAUAGUUGUAUUACAAAGCAUAAUAUGGUACAACAUACUGCUAUUCCUGUUCGAGCUGGGAAUUGCAAAGGAAGCUUACUCCACCACACUCACACAGGCAGCUGAGGAGCUGGAGUCCCAACAAGAGGCGUCAUCUAAAGAGGAGGGACGAGAAAUAAAUAUCCCAAUUCGAGGAAAAGUGCAAGUCAUGCCUAUUCUUUUGACUGUAGGGAGGAAGCUCAUCACAAAUCUCAACACUCAUGCAACCGUGUGGGGUCUUGUUUGGGCAAGCAUACAUUUCAAGUGGAAUAUACAACUGCCGCUGAUUGUCAGUCAUUCAAUAUCAAUAUUAUCUGAUGGAGGACUUGGAAUGGCCAUGUUCAGCUUAGGUCUAUUUAUGGCAUCACAGACUAGCAUAAUAGCAUGUGGGACAAGAAUGGCGAUAUUAGCCAUGGUUAUGAAAUUUGUUGCCGGACCUAUCCUAAUGGCAGCAUCCUCAACAGCUAUUGGUUUACGCGGAACAGUGUUCAAAGUGGCAAUUGUACAAGCAGCUCUUCCUCAAGGAAUUGUUCCUUUUGUAUUUGCCAAAGAGUAUAACAUCUACCCGGACAUCUUAAGCACUGGGGUAAUAUUUGGCAUGAUCAUUGCCUUGCCUGUAGCAUUGGCCUACUACUCCUUGCUAUCAUUGUGAACCUGAUGGCUGCUCAAUACUAUCCACAUUCCUAUUUCUUUUUUUUUCACUGACUUGGGCAUAUCAACUGGCCAGUGUAUAUUAUUUUGAGGAUUACUAACAAGUAUAGAAAAAAGGAUUAUUUUGUUA